AUGAAUCAUACAGGACUGACUAAUAAUACAUUCAAUGAAUAUGUGUUAGACCAAGUUGUAGAGAAUGCCACAUUACAGUCGGAUAGAAUGGUGGUUCGAGAAUAUAAAAAAAUAGGAGAAGGGGCCUUCGGAACGGUCGUAGAGGCAGUUUUGAGAAAAGAGUACAAGAAGGAUAGUGAACAGGAUAGAGAAGAGCCGUGGCUUGGACCUUAUGCUAUCAAGAGAGUACCAGCACAGACAGAAUACAAGAGCAGAGAAUUAGAAAUAUUGAGAGUUGUAAAUCACCCAAAUAUUGUCAGUUUACGGUUCUUCUUUGAUAAAAAGAGCUCAUCUGACGGUAAAAUCUACCAGAAUUUAGUGAUGGAAUGCUUACCAUCUAAUUUGCAAAGUGAAAUCAAAUAUUAUAGACAUUCAAAAUAUACCAUACCUUAUCCCCACAUGAAGACAUACACAUUCCAGUUAGCCAGAGCAAUGCUUUACUUACAUGGGUUUGGAAUUUCACAUCGUGAUAUCAAGCCUUCAAAUAUUUUGGUGGACCCUGCGACAGUCACAUUAAAAAUAUGUGAUUUUGGAAGUGCCAAAAAAUUAGAACCAAAUCAACCAUCGGUCAGUUAUAUAUGUUCUCGAUAUUAUAGAGCGCCUGAAUUAAUUAUUGGAUGUUCUAUUUACACAACGAAGAUUGAUAUUUGGGGUUUAGGUUGCGUAAUAGCAGAGAUGUUUUUAGGUAAACCUAUUUUCCAAGGAGAAUCUCCUCAAUCCCAAUUGAAAGAGAUUUCAAAAUUAUUGGGACCCCCAUCGAAGACAUUCUUCUUCAACAAUAAUCCAAAGUAUAGAGGAAAUAUGUACACUAAUAAGUUAUUCUCGUGUACUGUUGAAGAAAGAUUCAAGCAAAUCUUCAGCAACUCUCCUCCUGAUGCUAUUGAUUUAUUGAUGAAAAUAUUGGUUUAUGAACCGGAAAAGAGAGCAAGUCCUAGAAGAGUAUUAUGUCAUCCGUUUUUCCAUGAAUUGAAACAAGAUAAUUUCCAAGUCUAUCCAAGAGGUUCUUCUGAACCUAUUAGAUUGAAUUUAUUUAAUUUCAGCAAUUAUGAACUUGAAUUGCUAGGCCCCUUGAAGGAUGAAUUAUUAUCUUAA